AUGAAUCCAGAGUCUCAUACCGUUCCAAAAACAGACAAUGGAGAUAAUAUCGAAAUUACCACUGAAGUCAAAAACCCUGCAAGAAACAUUGAAGAUAUGACAAAUGAAACGCGUGAUGAGAAAUAUGAAGAGACCGUAUUACCUACUUUGCAACCUCCGGAAGAAAAAAUAUUUAAAAAAAAUUUAAUAGCAAAGGUCGAUCGAAGAUUGCUGUUGAUGCUGGUGGUGAUGUAUAUUUUGGCUUGCUUAGAUAGGACAAACAUUGGAAAUGCCAGGUUGGCUGGAUUGGAGCGUGAUCUUGGUUUGACUGUAGACCAAUUCCAGAUUUCUCUUGCGACAUUUUACGUUGGAUACGUCUUGUUGGAAGUUCCAUCAAACAUUGUAAUAGGGAAAUUCACACCAUCGAAAUGGAUUCCCUUUCUGAUGAUGCUUUGGUCGAUUGCAAUCUGUUGCAUGUCCGCGGUAAGGGGAUUUCCGGAUUUAGUUGUGACAAGAUUUGUGUUAGGCAUUACCGAAGCUGGAUUUGCGCCAGGAUCGAUUUUUCUUUUAAGCAUGUGGUAUAAACGGUCACAAUUCGCUCUCAGAUUUUCUAUAUUUUUUUCUGGGAGCGUCCUAGCCGGGGCCUUUGGUGGAAUACUUGCAUAUCUAAUUAUUGACGUUAUGAAAGAUGCUGGCGGAUUAGAGGGAUGGAGAUGGUUAUUUUUAAUAGAAGGAUUAUGCACUUUAUUGAUAUCGUUUGUUGCAUUUUUUGUUCUUCCAAACUUUCCAGAAAACGCGAAUUUUCUCACACCGAAGGAAAAAAAAUAUCUCGUUACCCGUUUGAGUAAGGACGACGGCAGUUUACAUAGCCCGCGACGUCACAAAGAAUUUUCUCAUCGUGGUCUCUUGAUGGCCAUUAAAGAUUGGAAGGUUUAUCAUAACAUGAUUUCCGGUAUAUGCGGCGGAAUCGCGCUUCAUUCCAUCACUCUCUACUUGCCUACUCUAAUCCAUUCCAUGGGAUUCAAUGCCAUGCAAAGUCAAUUGCUUACAGUACCACCAUAUUUGUUUGGAUGGAUAUUUUCAUUAAUGGUGGCACUACAUUCAGACAGAACUAAGGAAAGAAGUUGGCAUAUUGUCGCGUCGACUAUGGUGGCAAUAGUGGGAUACGUCGGAUUAGCGACUCUUGAAAGCAGAGUUGCAAAGUAUAUUUCGACUUUUUUUAUCACAAGCGGCGUGUGGUCGAUGAUCCCAUUGAAACUUGCAUGGUUCCUUAACAUUCACUCCUAUCCUCAUGAUAAAAGAUCAAUCGCCAUUGCAAUGAUUAUAACCAUUUCCAAUUGUUCAGGCAUCAUCGCAUCGAUGUUAUACCAGCCCAAAGAUGGACCCCGAUUUGUUAAAACGAACGUUUUAAUUGCAUCGUUAUUGAGUCUCACAGUCAUCUUAGUGAUAUUCAUGAGAUUUAUGUUGCAUCGAGAGAACGAAAAAAUGAAUUCCCUUGCUGUCAAAAAUAAUACCCCCUCUAUUGAUAAAGGUGAUUUGAGAACUGUUAAUGUAGAAAAAACGGCGAAAAUCAAAACACAUGAUGAAAUGGACGUUGAAAAACGAGAACAUGAAGCUUCUGAGGAUGCGAAUGGAAGAGAUCCACAGUUUAGAUAUAUUUUGUAA